AUGUCUUAAUUGACAGGUGAUAAUAUGCAUCCCUGCAACUCACAGAAAUAUAUCUGUCUCGAAGCUAAGAAUGAAGAUAAUUGUGAAAUCUGCUUAGAAGGCUAUAGCCUAUAUAAUGAUACGGAUGGAAAUCAAAAAUGUCAAAAGUGUGAUAAUGAUAUUCAGACUCAGGUAGAAAAUGUACUAACUUCAAUUCCUACAAGAUGCAAUUUUACCUUUGACGCCUAAUUAGGCAAGCCAAUCUAGCAAUUUAUAUUGGCAUGCAAUGAAGGGUUCGUUGAUCCAUUGACUAAUUAAUGUACAAGUAAUUGUGGUCUAGGGAGGUAUGGAGAAGUAUCCUUUAAUAGAAGAGGAUUUAUUGAAACUUCAAAAUGCUCCUAAUGCGAUGAUAAUUGCUUUGAAUGUGCUUCACAGACAGAGUGUAUCUCUUGCAAGAAAGGAUUUUAUCUGCAGGCAGAUUCCACAUCUAAAACUACUGGCUUAUGCAUUUAAAAAUAGGGAUCUAGAGAGAUUACAAUUUAUGUUGACAGUGCUCUUGGUAAGUUUACAUUAGAUUAGACAACUGGCUUAACUCUAGAUGAUCCUAUCUUUUCAUUGUAAAGUGCAAUAAGCCACUGA